CAUCUCCAAUCCAGUCCAUGCCAAUCCCAUCCACCAUGGCCAGCGAGCAAGAUCUUCUGUCCACGGAGAUUGUCAACCGUGGGGUUGAGUCGUCCGGCCCCAAUGCCGGCUCCCUCACAUUCUCAGUGAGGGUGCAAAGGCGGCUGCCGGACUUUUUACAGUCCGUAAAUCUAAAGUAUGUGAAGUUGGGGUACCACCACCUCAUCAACCAUGCCAUAUAUUUAGCAACAAUCCCUGUGCUUGUGCUGGUGUUCAGUGCUGAGGUGGGAAGUUUGAGCAGGGAGGAGCUGUGGAAGAAGCUUUGGGAUGAUGGACGUUAUGACCUAGCUACUGUGCUAGGGUUCUUUGGUGUAUUUGUUUUCACUUUGUCAGUUUACUUCAUGUCACGCCCUCGAUCCAUCUACCUCGUUGAUUUCGCUUGUUUUCAGCCUAAUGACGAUCUGAAGGCCUCUAAGGAGCAAUUCAUAGAGGUAGCAAGAAAAUCAGGCAAAUUCAACGAGGCGAGCCUAGAAUUCCAGAAGAGAAUUCUAAACUCAUCAGGCUUAGGAGACGAGACCUACAUCCCAAAAUCGGUCAUCAUGUCGACUGAAAACACGGCAACCAUGAAAGAAGGCCGAGCUGAGGCCUCAAUGGUCAUGUUUGGGGCCCUCGACGAGCUCUUUGAAAAGACUAGGGUCCGUCCGAAGGACGUAGGAGUCCUAGUAGUAAAUUGUAGCAUCUUCAACCCCACACCCUCUUUGUCUGCAAUGAUCAUAAAUCACUACAAAAUGAGAGGCAACAUUUUGAGCUACAAUUUGGGUGGAAUGGGAUGCAGUGCAGGGAUCAUAGCCGUUGAUCUGGCUAGAGACAUUCUUCAAGCCAACCCUAAUAACUAUGCUGUUGUGGUGAGUACUGAGUGUGUGGGGUAUAAUUGGUACCCUGGUAGUGACAGGUCUAUGCUCGUUGCGAAUUGCUUUUUCCGCAUGGGAUGCUCCGCUGUGUUGCUCUCCAAUCGCCGCCGCGAUUAUCACCGUGCUAAGUACCGGCUUGAACACGUUGUCCGGACACAUAAAGGCGCUGAUGAUCGGAGUUUCAGGUGUGUGUACCAAGAGGAAGACGAAAAAGGAUUGAAGGGGCUGAAGAUCAGCAAAGACCUAAUUGAAAUUGGUGGUGAAGCCUUGAAAACCAACAUCACCACAUUGGGACCUUUGGUGCUGCCGUUCUCAGAGCAGCUCCUCUUCUUUGCCACAUUGGUUUCGAGGCACUUGUUUUCCGGCGGAGGCACUUCAGUGUUGUCUUUAGCGUCACGCAAGAGACCCUACAUUCCGGACUUCAAGCUGGCUUUCGAGGGCUUUUGCGUGCAUGCAGCGAGCAAGACCGUGCUCGACGAGCUGCAGAGGAACCUCGAGCUGAGUGAGGAAAACAUGGAGGCCUCUAGGAUGACGCUACACCGCUUUGGAAACACGUCGAGCAGCAGCAUAUGGUAUGAGUUGGCUUAUUUGGAAGCAAAAGAGAAGGUGAAGAGAGGAGAUAGGGUUUGGCAGUUGUCAUUUGGUUCUGGAUUCAAAUGCAACAGCAUUGUUUGGAGGUCAAUGCGCCGCGUUAGGAAGCCCUCGAGGAACCCAUGGCUUGACUGCAUUGAACGAUACCCAGUGAAUCUCUAAGCUAAGCUUGGAGAUGAAGGCUGGAGAGGAGGCCAUGUAUUAUUGUAUUUAUCUGGUGAAAAAGCUGGAGUGAAUCUUAUAAAUCUCCCUCUUCGUUUAAUUUGCUUUUGUUUUUCAAGUUACCUUUUUUUUUUUAAAUACCGAAAUUAAUUAGGAUAUUGGCAAGCGGGGGUUCUUAAUAUGUGUAAAGUACUUAAUUUGAAAGUAUUUGAAUGUUUAUAGGCUUGCACUAGCACUUCUGCAUUUCUUAUGGAUAUGGGAGAAUGAAGGAAUCGAAGAACAUAGAAAUAGAUGAAGAAAAGAGAAUCGGAUUAACGAGCUUUUCAGUUGA